CAGUGUACGUGUGGUUUUUUUCCCGCCGUCAUAUUUAUUUCAACAGAUACGAUGCAUACGUGGUUGGUGGUAGCGUGCGCAGCUCUGCUGGCGACGCUGGCGGCCGCACAGAAGCCUGGCAGAUUCCUCUCACUCCCCGUGCCACAGAAGUGUGCAAACAGACCUAAGGAGUUCUUCUAUAGAGGCCACAACUACUUCUACAGCGGCCAUGUACCUGAGCUAGCCAAGCGGAAAGUGGACUGGCUGGACGGCCGCAACAUUUGCCGCGAGUACUGCAUGGACCUCGUCUCCAUGGAGACCCAGGAGGAGAACAAUCUGAUCUUCAAGCUCAUCCAACAGAAUGAUGUACCUUACAUCUGGACAUCUGGCCGUCUUUGUGAUUUCAAGGGAUGCGAAUCCCGCAAAGAUCUCGAGCCCAAGAACAUCUUUGGUUGGUUCUGGUCUGCCAACAGGGAAAAGAUGGCGCCCACAAACCAGAUCCCCAACGGCUGGGGGUACAACCCGUGGUCGCAAACCGGUCACAAGAAGCAGCGUCAACCUGACAACGCGGAAUUCGACAUCAACGGCACCUCUGAAUCGUGCAUGAGUGUUCUCAACAAUGUAUACAAUGAUGGCAUCGCGUGGCACGACGUGGCCUGCUACCACGAGAAGCCUGUCGUCUGCGAAGACUCAGAGGAGUUACUCAAUUACGUCGCUAGCACUAACCCCGGCAUUCGCCUGUGAUAGAUUUAUCAAACACGAGUUUUACACGACUGCAGUAACAUAAUAAACUUGUAGACAAAAUAUGCGGCUACCAUAUAAACAUACUCACCUCACUCAUAAAAUAAGAAUAUAGAUGAAUCUCAAAAUUAUUGUCUACGUAUUUUUAGAUA